AUGGUGGAGAGGAGGUACGGUCCCUGUGCCAGCGAUGGCUUCUUCCUCCUACGGCUGCUGCUGCCGUUCUUGUUCGUCUUCUCCUUUCUUGAUGUGCCACCGGCCACCGCCGCCACCAACACCACCACCACGCAAUCGCCUCCACUGAACGACACGCAAAAGUCCAUCAUGAAUGAUAUUGCGAGUCUGGUUAACUCUGAAUCUGCCAACACCUGGUGGAACACUGCAGAGAAUCCAUGCAACUGGAAAGGAAUCAGUUGCAUACAUUCCAGUUCUUCCUCGGUCGUCACUAGCAUCGCCUUGACCAACUUUGGCUUAUCCGACUCCUCCAUCUUUGCCCACCUUUGCCGGCUUGACACCUUGCAGUCCCUUGACCUCUCCCGAAAUUCGUUCACAAAUUUGUCCGCCCAGUUCUUCGCCAAUUCUUCUUGCUCCAUGAAAGAAGGGUUGCAGUCACUUAAUCUGAGCACCAAUCAGUUGGCUAAUUCGCUCAGUGAUUUAUCCCACUUCCCCCAGCUGGAAGUUCUUGACUUGUCCUUCAAUUCCUUUGCCAGCAGAAAUCUGAGUGCAGACUUGGGUAAUUUUCCCAAAUUAAGGAGCUUCAACGCUAGUACCAAUAACUUGAAUGGUGAGGUUCCUACCAGUAUGGUCGGCCCUUUGCUGGAGUUGGUAUUGUCUGGUAAUCAACUGAGUGGUUCAAUUCCUCUGCGUUUGUUUAGAUAUGAAAAUCUCACUCUCCUAGAUCUCAGCCAGAAUGCUCUGACUGGUGUUGUCCCAGAUAAGUUCAUGAGUCUCCCCAAGCUCGAGACUUUGCUUCUUUCAGGCAAUAAACUGAUUGGGGAAAUACCAGCGAGCCUCUCAAAUGUGACAACGCUGGCUAGGUUUGCAGCCAACCAGAAUAAUUUUACUGGUCCAAUCGCCAGCUGGAUUACCAAGCAUGGUUCAGUGCCCUCUCCUAUCGGUGAACUUGACAAACUGGUAGUUCUGAAGCUUCAAAAUAACAGCCUCAUCGGACCUAUUCCAAGUACAUUUUCCGAUUUGAAAAUCCUGAGCACAUUGAAUCUUAGUCAGAAUUCACUCAGUGGAGGGAUACCAAGCGGAAUUUUCGAGCUGCCAAAGCUUUCAAACUUGUAUUUGCAGGGCAACAAUAUCAGUGGGCAUAUUCCGAUCUCAAUCAGUUCAUCGAAGUAUCUAAUCGAGCUCAAUCUGGGUGAUAAUGCUCUGACUGGUACCAUUCCAACCAUGCCAACCACUGUGACUACAUCUGUUCUUAAUCUUAGUCAUAACCAUCUUAACGGGCCUAUUCUUUCAAACAUCAACUCUUUAAGUGAAUUAGAGAUUCUUGAUCUUUCACACAACAACCUGUCUGGUGAUGUCCCAUCUUCACUAGGGACCCUGCAAAGCCUGACACUGCUGGAGCUUUCUUAUAAUGAUCUUUCUGGAUCUGUUCCUAAAUUCCGCCAAAAUCAAAAUGUGGACAUUGAUAUUGUCGGGAAUCCUGAUCUUGUAAUUGGUACAGGAAACAAUAAUGACACUCCUACUACUGGUAAGAAAAAGAGGCACAAUUUUGUCAUCAUCUUCACUAUUUGUGGCGCUAUUUUUGGAUUAUGUGCGCCUGCUGCUAUUGUUAUGAUCUUAUCAAAGGGAAUAUAUCGUGUUGAAGGCGAAAGGAUACCUGCUGGGGAGGGUGUUUCUCAAAUCAUUAAUGGCACCUUCAUAACUAUGAACAGCACCAACACCGCUACACUUGAGUACAUGAAAGAAAAGCGGGAUGACUGGCGAUUCACUCCUUUCCAAGCUCUGAACUUCGAGGUUGCCGACAUACCUCAGGGACUAACAGAGGAGAACCUCGUUGGCAGUGGUGGCUCAGGGCAUGUGUACCGCGUCACAUACACCAACCGGUACAACAGCAGAACUGGGGUGGUGGCUGUGAAGCAAAUACGAAGCUUUGGGUCCCUGGACGAGAAGCUGGAGCGUGAGUUUGAAUCCGAGGCUCGCAUCCUAUGCAACAUCCGGCACAACAACAUUAUCAAGCUGCUGUGCUGCCUCUCUAGCGCAGAUUCCAAACUCCUUGUGUAUGACUACAUGGACAACGGCAGCCUGGACAAAUGGCUCCAUGGCAACUACGUCCUCCGUGCAGGGAAUUCUUUGGCGAUGGCAUGGCCUGUGCAGCGUGUGCCGUUGGACUGGCCAACAAGGCUCUUAGUGGCUGUUGGGGCUGCGCAGGGCCUGUGCUACAUGCACCAUGAGUGCUCACCACCCAUCGUUCACCGAGACAUCAAGACGAGCAAUAUCCUGCUGGACUCGGAGUUCCGGGCUAAGAUCGCAGACUUUGGGGUGUCUAGAAUGUUGGUCAGGGCAGGGGAGCCCAAUACGAUGUCUGCGGUGGCCGGAUCAUUUGGCUACAUGGCUCCUGAGUAUGCUUACACGAGGAAGGUGAAUGAGAAAGUGGAUGUUUUCGGCUUUGGUGUUGUGCUCUUGGAGCUCACGACUGACAGGAAUGCCAACGAUGGUGGCGAUCACGGUUCCCUGGCAGAAUGGGCAGGGCAUCACUACCGAUCAGGGGCGAGUAUCCCUGAUGCUACAGACAUCUGCAUCAGAUAUGCAGGGUAUGCUGACGAGAUUGAGACCGUGUUCAGGCUAGGCGUGAAAUGCACGGCUAACUCGCCGUCCUCACGCCCUACUAUGGAGGAUGUGCUGCAGGUUUUACUCAAAUGCAGCGAGCAGACGCUCAGGAAAAGCAGACUGGAGUGUACUCCGUAG